AUGAAUCCAAAGGCUGGAGGCCUCCCAAAUAGCCUCAAACCGGAAAUUAACCUUGAGAAGUUGCAAAAGUUAGUCACAGAGGUGAUGCUGCCCGGAAGAUUUAUCCUCAGACCCAUGAACGCCACUCUGGAGAUUCUCACAGACACGCUGGCCUGGAUUUUGGGAAGCCACCUGAUCAGGAGACACUUCCACCUGAUGCUAUCAGGGCUGGUUCUCUUCGGACCUGUGCUGAGUUUCUGGGCGUCCAAGUACAGUAUUUUUGCAAACAGCAACCACUACCUGUACAGGAAGUUCCUACGGUCCACUUGGGGCUGGACCUGCAUCCUGACAGCUUCCCUGGUCGCGGUCAUCUCCUUCUCGGCCUGUCGCCGCUUCCCCCUUUGCCUCCGGCACCUGUCCCGGUUGGGGGUGGCCAGUUGGCUGUGGUGGGGUUGCCGGCGCCUCCUGACCAUGCUGGAGGACGCCACGGGGACCUGCUACGAACCCGUGGCGGCUCCCCAGGAGGCCCAGAGCUCCGACUCCGCGGCCCAGGCUCUCCUGCUCCUGCACGAAGAUCAGACCAAGGCCUCCUGCCUCCGGGCCAACAUGCUGUGGCGGGGCUACGAGGUCUCCCAGGACAUCCUCAUCCUCUCCUUUUGCUGCCUGCUGCUGGUGGAGGAGAUGUCCGUGUUCGGUCAGCACCUGGCCCAAGAGAAGCGUCUGCAGAGGUCCCCUGGUGCGCCCUGCCGCCUCCUCUUCCUCCUGUGCGCUUUUCUGCUCUUAAUAUGGGUCCUCCUGCUCCUGUGUUUGCUCGCCUACUUCCCCGUGUGGCCGGCCCAUCAGCUGGGAGGAGCGCUGGGUUAUCUGGGAUGGAGGGGACUCUAUCAGGGCUGGUAUCGACUAAAUGUGAGCUGGGGAUCUCCCGGUUUGCCGGGGGAAGGCCUUUUCAACCACCUCUCAUAA